CAAAACGUAGGUCGUAGACAUUACCUUCAGAAAAGUUGCACGAUUGUUCGUAACUUCAAUUUCUGGAUUUAUUUGUUCAAAUAUGAAAAAUAUUCAAACUUUCAUUGAGUUAUUCAUGUAAGAAAAGUUGAUCUUAACUAAUAAGCUACUUGAAUAAUUUAUUUCCCAUAUGAGGUGUAUGCAAAUAAACGCAAUUUUUUACUAGAUUUGUUUGUAAAAGUUGUGCUUUUGAAUUUGAAAUACAUUAUAGAUAUAUUCUCAAGUCAGUGAAGUGUUAAAUUCUUUGAAAAUAAAACUACUUACAUUGAAAUACCUAAUUAUAAUUAUAAUACAAUAACAAUGUGUUUGAGUAUAGUGAUAAUCAUAAAUAUAUUGUGCUUAGAGACAUAAUCAAAUAGGUAUAUCAAAGUAUUCAACAAUAUAUAGGAUGGCAUUCAAUAUGAGUGAAGGAGCAGCAAGUAAUACCAACAUAAAUAUGGAUACAAUGGACGACUCAGAGACAAAUGCGAAAAUUUCUGACUCAGCAUAUUCCAACAGCUGUAGCAACAGCCAAGCAAGAAGCCGUAGUUCACACUCUACGCAUUCGGGGAGCCACUCCAGCGGCAGUAGUGGCUAUGGCGGAAAGCCAUCCACAUCUGGAUACAGCAGCAACAAUGUCAGCCAGCCGCCCGUGGAGCUCCGUUGUAAAGUUAAAAAGAAGAAGAAGCAGCCGGAGGAGACCCUCGAGGUACAGGAGGAGGAGCCGAGCCCUCCCGAGCCGGAGCCCGAGGUGAAGCCAGUGGAGGAGGAAUGCGUUGAUGCCGCCAGCUCGCCCGCGCAGCCAGCUGAGGCCUCGUGCGUGGAGAGCAUGGACAUAUCCACGCCGGAACGAAGCAGCGUUAAGGAUAAGGCGAGCACGUGUAACUUCCCGGUCAACACAACCAACAGGCCUUUUGCGAAUAUUGCCGACGGAUUCUCAUGUGUGAUCUCCAUGCAAGAUGGAGUCGUGAUGUACACGACGUCGUCUCUCACCAACACGCUGGGUUUUCCAAAGGACAUGUGGAUUGGCCGGUCGUUUAUCGAUUUCGUUCAUCCAAGGGACCGCAACACAUUCGCGUCCCUUAUAACUAACGGCUUGGCGGCGCCGAAAACUGUUAAUGGUACGCAAAAGAAAGGUAAUACUGUAUCAACGAUGGUGUGCCGUAUUCGCCGGUACAGAGGUCUGACUUCAGGCUUCGGGAUAAAGGAAAGAAUCGUGACGUUCAUGCCGUUCCUACUGAAACUGUCCUUUAGAAAUAUAUGCGAUGAGGAAGGCGAGGUUAUAUACCUGUUAGUGCAGGCGACACCGUUCUUUUCAGCGUUUAAAUCUCCCAACGAGUUAGUAUCGAAAGCUGUGCCAUUCGUAAUACGACAUGCAGCGAACGGUGACAUUAAGUACAUUGACCCAGAGUCUGUGCCCUAUCUGGGCUAUUCGCCACAAGACAUCGUCAAUAAAGACGCCCUGCAUUUAUACCAUCCUCACGAUUUGGCGUAUUUGAGACAGGUUUAUGAAACUAUUGUGAAAGAAGGGGGAGUACCACGCUCAAAACCCUAUAGGAUGAUGGCUCAAAAUGGCGACUAUGUCAAAUUAGAGACGGAGUGGUCUUCGUUCAUUAAUCCAUGGUCGAGGAAACUGGAAUUUGUUAUUGGAAAACAUUUGUUGAUUGAAGGACCUAAUAAUCCAGAUGUAUUCCAAUCUGCAGACAUAGAAAAGUCUUUUAAGUUCUCUGAAGAUGAAAAGAACAAAGCUCAAACUCUCAGGGAGAGUAUUGUGAGGAUUAUGAAUGAGCUAUUAACAAAGCCGGCCGAAGCAGCGAAACAACAGAUGACCAAGCGUUGCCAAGACCUCGCCUCCUUCAUGGAGAGUCUCAUGGAGGAAGCUCCUAAGACUGACGAUGAAAUGUGGCUAGAUAUAAAGGAACCUGAUAAUGGAUAUUAUGAGAGAGAUUCAGUGAUGCUCGGUGGUAUUUCCCCACACCACGACUGCAAUGACAGUAAGUCAAGUACUGAGACACAAAUAAGCUACAAUCAACUUAAUUAUAACGAAACAUUACAACGGUAUUUCGACAGUCAUUUACUAUUUUCUGAAGAGAACAACUCUGAUACUCCAUCUGAUAGGCCGUCCGGCAAUAAGAACAUAAAAACGAAUUCUAGCGGUAUGUCACCGAUGGCCCAAAACUCCGGUGACUUUGGUGACAUGACGAGCUCAUGUGACUCCAGCGCACUCGCUCUCUCUAAUUCCACACCUAUGGGUGAUUAUUAUCAACCCGUCAGGCUAACUGAGUCUGCUUUGAGCAAGCACAACGCAGUAAUGGAGAAGGAAUUAAUGAAAUUACACCGUGAAAUAAAAACCGUAACCAAAGAUGACAGGAAGAAGGCAUCAAAGGAAUCUAGGCAGAAGAAGAAGGAACAUCUUGCCCGUUGUAAUGCGUCUUUCUUGCCUACGUCAGCUGGAUUAUCUACUGUUGAUUCUCAACCUCACGGUUUAAAGCGGUCGUCAAGGCACUCCGACGACUCCGAAACGGGUUAUAAAUACCGUUACUCUACAGCCAAGUUGCCCAGACGGAAGCAGAGCACAAGCGCUGCGCCAGCGCAUCCAUCAAACACACUUACUAAUACUCUUGUAUCAUCACCAAUGCCGACAAAUUCAAUGAACAUGAACAAUAUGAAUACUUUCUUCCUCGGAGUUAGUAUUCCUCAACAGAUGUCGAUGAUGAGCCCAGUCGCUGCGAUGCCUGGUAUGUUCCCGAUAUGCUAUGCUAUGCCCGCAUCAUCCCAGCAAAUGAUGCAAAAUGAUACGGAAAUGCCAAACCAGGGACCGUCAACUAGCAAUCAUCCGUUUACCAUGCCCUAUGUAAUGUACGGUCAGCCGGUAUAUGGAUCGCCGUUCAUGUAUUCGCCGAUAAACGCUCAAAUGGGUAUGCAAUACCCGAUGCAGCCGGGUUUCGUCGCGCAAGGUAUGAACGCGGCGAUGCACCCACUGGGAUUGUCCAGCGGGAACUACCAGGAGGCUUGUAAACUCACUUUCCCAACGAAGAGCAAGUUGGUCCCUUCGUCCACCUGGCGAGAGAAACGGGCGGAACAGCUAGCGGCCGCGGCUAAAAAAGACAAAAGCAGCGGUACGAGUAACUCGUCGGCUGCCGUUUCUAAUCUGAGUGCAAAUGCAGCUACAGAGAACCGAAGCAAGGGCAAAGAGCGUCUCGGCAACAGCGACGCUACAAACGAAAAGACUGACGAGGAAUCCAGCUAUUCCUCGUUCUAUUCUAACUUCUUUAAGAGCGAAUCUGGCAGCGCUGAGGAAAGUGAUGUUAAGAAGCGGUCGAUGGAUCCCAUUCCACCUUAUGAAAGUCAGCAAGCGAAAAAGGUAGCCCGAAGGAAAAUGGAUCCGCCAUGGAUGGAACAUGUAUGUGUGACAUCAGAGCUGAUAUACAAAUAUCAAGUGCUACCCAAGACAAUGGAAGAGGUUUUAUCUUGCGACAAGAAGAGGCUAGAGACCUUAGAACAACCAACACUAGUGAACGAGCAGUUGGGUCAGUUAUACCUAGACCUUCAGUUAGAGGGCGUUGCCGCGCGGCUCACGCUCGAGGAAGGGCUCACCAGCUCUAGCAGCUCCGGGGAAGAGAACUUCUCCAGGAGCCCUAAGGUCCAGCGCGAAUACAGUAAAUUAGUAAUGAUUUACGAGGAAGAUGCACCUCUCCCGCCGCCAGAGGACGCUGCCAGCUCGUCCACUUCAUAAUGCCGCCAUUUUGUUUUCGACAAACCUAACACGAACACGCCACGUGAAUAGAACUAUAUAUGAAGACGAAAGACAAUUUUGGUGUUAGAAUAAUCAUUUGUGUGUCUAUUUUUAAGCCAAAUGAUAUAUUAAGCUAAACAUAGCUAGUAAGUUUUUUAUUACCACUUCCAAUUUCAUAUAAUAAUAUAUAUGUUUUGUGUAAUUACUACUUACACUCGUUUCAAAUAUAUAUUUAUUAAGAUUAAAUAUUAAAUGUUUAAUUUUUAUUUAAAGGGAUUAUGGGAUUCAUAAUAGCGAUGUCUCAGUUCGACUGAGCCAAUAUUCGUAUAAAAAGAUUGAUAGUAAUAUCAUAUCAAUUCCCAUUUUUUAUUUCUCACCCUUUAGAUAAAUUAAUAUGGAAGUGUUACUGGAGAAUCUUCUGGAAAAAGGACUUUAACGUCUGUGAUACAGAUUAUCGCAUAAUUAAAAUAUAAUUGCAAUGUUUUUAUUUGGGCAUUAAUAAAAUCCUGUCAACUAAAAGGUAAUUUUUGCGCAAAGUUGUUAAAUUUUAAAUAAUUUGAUAAGAUCAAUUUAUUUAUCACAUGUUUUUUUCUGUUGUUUAAAUGAUAUACUUUAUUAUUCUUCUUUGAAGUAUUUUUUUGCGAAGAAAUAUUUUCCUAAUAUAAAAUGAACGUAAAAUGUGACGUAUAUUUUUGAUAUCACGUUACAAAGAAUGUUAAUUUAUUUACAUUGAUUGUUCUAUUGUAAACAUAAAAGUAACAUUUUAAAUGUACAAUUGUAUGUUUUUACUUU